CCUGCAACAAUUCACUUGCUCAAACAAAAAAAAACCCUGCAACAUUUCACUCGCCAAGCAAGAGAUGGCGGCGAACUGGCAAAACUGGCAGGCACUCCACGGAGUUCGCUCUCCGCCGAGGUCGACGCCGACGCUGAUCCCCUUCAUCCCUCCUGCUCCAAGGAUGGGGCUUGAAUUGACGGACACGGCGUCGCGGUGCACCACGGGGAAGGCGGUGGGAUCGCACGAGUUCGAGAUCGACGGGUACAGCCUCAAGAAGGGCAUGGGCGUCGGCAAGUUCGUCCGGUCGGCCACCUUCACCGUCGGCGGCUACAACUGGGCCAUCCGCUUCUACCCCGACGGAUUUACCGAGGAUGCCAAAGAUCAUGUGGCGAUCUGUCUCGAGUUCAUGAGCAGCAACGCCAAGGUCCGGGCGUUCCACGACAUGGGAUUGGUAAAGCACGCCACAGGACUGAUGGGCGCCGGCUUUGUCCGUUCAGAGACGAUGGUGUUCACCUCUACGGCUGCAAUUGACAAAACCACCAUACCAAGGGUUAAGCUGGAAGGGUCAAAGUACAUUCAGGACGACCGUCUCAUAAUCAAAUGUGUGCUGACGGUCCUCAAAGAAUCGCAGGUCUUUCAGACCAAGGGGUCCUCUGAAAUCGAGGUGCCGCCUUCAAACAUCACGGAGGACCUAGGCAAGUUGUUGGGAGCAAAGGAAGGAGCAGAUGUCACUUUCAGUGUUGGGGGAGAGACCUUUCAGGCACACAAGAUUGUGCUCGCGAUGCGGUCGCCAGUCUUCAGAGCAGAGUUCUAUGGGCCGAUGCUGGAGACGAGGAUGCAGUGCGUGGCAAUCGAAGAUAUGCAACCUGCUGUUUUCAAAGCUCUUCUGCAUUUCAUAUAUACAGAUUCACUGCCUAACUUGGAUGAUCUUGUGGAAGAUGGUGAUGCUAACUGUGAGAUGAUGAAGCAUUUACUUGUGGCUGCAGACAGAUAUGCUAUCGACAGGCUAAAGUUGAUCUGUCAAAAUGUUCUUGCCAAGAAUCUUGAUGUGGAGAAUGUGUCAACAACAUUGGCUUUGGCUGAUCAGUUCAACUGUGACAGGCUUAAAGAUGUUUGCUUUGACUUUAUUGUCUCUUCAAAUGAGAAGGAGGCUGUGGUUGCAACCAAUGGUUAUGCAAAUCUCAAGAGAACUUGCCCUUCUGUUUUAGUAGAUUUGUUUGAGAAGACAAGUAGGCUUCGCAAAGCAUAGAUGUGCAGCUCAUCCUGAACAAACCUCACCAAGAUGUCUCUGUCGGUUGGCCCCAAUGAUGGGGAUUUCGGUCUUGGCUGGUGUUGGACAUGGGUCAAUAAGAUGUCUUCCCUUGUGCUUUGGUGCUUGUCCUUCAAUGGCUGCCAUGCACUGUGGUUUACCACCAUCUCCAGAUUACAACAUCGCUUGUGGUUGAUAUCUAGAUUGCAGGCCUUGAAUCAUGCUUCUCUGCAGUAUAUGGACCUUUUGAUUGGACUUGGCCGAUGACAUCUUGACGCCAAGACGCGGAUCUCCGACAUUCAAUCAACGCUUAUCUCCUAUGGUCCUAGAAUCAUAUCUCAUAUCUAGUAGUUAACGCACUUGCUAGAUCGGUCGAGUGGCUUCCUGGGGUCAUGCUGCGAACGCCUUCUUUGACCAUCGCAGGCAGUUCCUCUCUAUUUCGUGAUCAGAUGCUGGGUUGGUGUCCAUGUCUUUGUGGAUGGGGGUUGUGCGUCCAUCCCUUGUGUUAACAGUUUGAUUCCUCUUUGGAAAAUGUUGCCCCCUUUAUCUGUGCCCCUGGCCAUUGUAUAAGCAUCUUAAUAAUUAUGACUGUAAUCAAAAUAAAUCUAAUGGCUAAAAUUUAAAGGGUGAUGUGCUGUUAA